AUGGAGGGAUCAAGCCUUGAGCGAUGUUUACGUACCAAGUACAACAUUGAGGAGCGUCUGAUGGCAGAGGGGACGUUUGUUGGACUGGUAGGGAGCAGUCUGGACGCGGUCAGCCUUGUCAGCCUCGGGAUCGGACAACGGUGCCUAGUGGUGGCCACCGUCAGCCUGGCCGGGGACGAGGUAGAGUACGAGCUCUCCAGCGUCACUCCACUUCCGCUUCUCGAGAUAUCGUACAGCAAGCGUGGACGCAGAGUGAAGGUCAUCAGCCGCUUCAAAGGACCCCAUGUGUUCCAGCAAUGCAGCUGUGAAAAUCGGGCCGAAAUCUGGGACAACUUUACCACCGCCAUUGACCACCUGCGCAGUGCAAGAGGAGAGGAAGUCUGGUGCAAGGCGUCCCUGUCAUCUGCCACAACGUCCGAGAGCACGUUAGUGUCGCAGAUCGAGUUUGAGCGUAUGUCCAGCCAAACAACCUCCUUGUUUAACCCUGCGCCUUGUAAGUACACAUUUGGCCAGAAGAAACUACUCGGUCCUCCAGAGCUGAAACCAUACAGUUCGUCCAUGCCGGAAAUAUGCCGACAUAAUGGCACAGAGACAUAUCUGUGGGGCCAUCACAUGAUGCGUGGGCACAGCUUAGACUGUGUCCACAUCCGAUUUGAUAGUUUUGUAAACGGCAGUCCACAAUCCGAUGACCACAUUGAUGGAGCUUUCAGCUAUUCCAACGUUGAAAUCACAGGCCAUCAAGUGCAGGACGUUUCGGAUCAUUUAACAGCAAACAACGGAAAUACCAAUGCUUGUGAUGUAAGAGCCAGUGAAAAAAGGGAAGCGAAAAGUGUCGUGAAACGAAUCAAGAAUGCAUUGUGUUGCAAGAAGAAGUGUUAA